AGAACGUCGUCUGUCAAAUGAAACCAAUCAGAAAAUUAAUGGGGAAUUUUACUCUUAUCUUUGCUGUUUCAAUCUUGUCAUUACAUAGCUUUGCCCUCUGCUCCUUGAAUUCCUUCACAGAUGAAAAUGCUCUCAUUUCCUUCAAAAACGCCAUCACUUCCGACCCUUAUGCUAUCUUGAGCACCAAUUGGUCUCAAAAUACAUCAGUCUGUAAUUGGAUUGGUGUGUCGUGCGGCCUCAAACACGGCCGUGUCACUGCCCUCAAUCUCCCUGGCUACGACCUUGCUGGAACUAUUCCUCCACAUCUCGGAAACCUUUCGUUUUUAAGAUAUUUGGACAUCAGCUCCAACAAUUUCAGUGGCUUCUUACCACAUGGUAUUUUCAAUGUGUCUUCCCUUAUAGAAAUUAGAAUUAGAAAUAAUAGCUUAUCUGGUUGGCUACCAAGUGAUAUGUGCGAUAAUCUCCCAAAUAUUGAAGCACUUGAUAUUUCGGCCAACCAACUUUCCGGAGAAAUUCCACCAAACAUAUGGAAAUGCAGACAUCUUCAAGAGCUGGAAUUAUCUUACAAUCAUUUCAAUGGAAAAAUUCCAAGUGAAAUUGGAAGUUUGAGUAUUCUUAAAGAGCUAUACUUGGGCUUUAACGAUUUCAGAGGAAUCAUCCCUGAAGAAAUAGGGAAUCUUUCACAGUUAGAGGUGUUGAGCAUCCCAUCCUCCUCUCUGACAGAAAAUAUUCCAUCUUCAUUGUUCAACAUAUCUUCAUUGAAAUACAUGUAUCUCUAUAACAACAGUUUGUCUAGAAAUAUUCCAAGUAAUAUGUGCGACAGUCUUCCAAAUAUUGAAGUACUUAAUCUUUGGCGCAACCAACUUUCUGGAGAAAUUCCACCAAACAUAUGGAAAUGCACACAGCUUCAGGACUUGGGAUUAUCUGUUAAUCAUUUCAAUGGAAAAAUUCCAAGUGAAAUUGGAAGUUUGAGUAUGCUUAGAAAGUUGUACCUGGGCGUGAAUGAUUUCAGAGGAAUGAUCCCUAAAGAAAUAGGAAAUCUUUCUCAGUUAAAGAAGUUAAGCAUCCCAAGUUCCUUUCUGACCGGAAAUAUUCCAUCUUCGGUGUUCAACAUAUCUUCAUUGAAAUUCAUGGAUCUCUCUAACAACAGUUUGUCUGGAAAUAUCCCAACUUUUCAUGGUCUAUCUAAGUUAGAGGAAUUAUAUUUGUUUCGUAACAACUUUGAAGGUUGGUUCCCAAGUGAUGUGUGCAGCAGCAAUAUCUCAAACAUCAGAACACUUGAACUCUUUGGGAAUCAACUUGAAGGGCAAAUUCCACCAAAUAUAUGGAAAUGCACACAUCUUGAGAUAUUGUCAUUAUCCGACAACCAUCUCAGUGGUAACAUCCCAUUCGAAAUUGGGAACAUGAGCAUGUUUAGGGAGUUGUAUUUGGAUGUGAACAACUUUCAAGGUGAAAUUCCAACCUCUAUCACCAAUGCUUCUCAGCUUACUCACAUGUACUUGAGCAGUAACUCAUUCACUGGUCCCGUUCCCGACUUUGGUAAUCUAAGACAGCUGCAAGUCCUUGGUCUCAGCGAAAAUAAUCUCACUGGAUUAGAAUCGACGAAUCAAGAAUUGGGAUUUCUCUCUUGUUUAACAAACUGCCAAAAUUUAGUUAACUUGGAUAUUAGUAACAAUCCGAUGAUGAAUGGUAUCCUUCCAGCUUCCAUUCGAAACUUGUCUAUUUCUCUUUCCAGCUUUAGAGCAUCUAAUUGCAGCAUCAGAGGUAUAAUUCCUCCUGAAAUUGGAAAUUUGAGGCAUUUGGAAGUUUUGGAUUUAUCCAAGAAUCAACUCACAGGAUUCAUCCCAACUACAUUCCCAAUGGGUUGUAGUCUUCAGUCACUCGACUUAAAUGCUAAUAAGUUGGCAGGAUCAUUGCCUCAAUCCCUUUCCAAUUGUCAGACUCUUCAAGUUCUUGAUAUUGGAAACAACAGAAUACAAGACAUUUUUCCAAUUUGGACCGGAAAUCUCACUGAUCUUCGCGUCCUCAUAUUGAGAUCCAACAACUUUAGUGGUACCAUUUCUUCUCACACUUCCAAGGCUAGUCUUCCAUUCCCCAAGUUGCAAGUUUUUGAUAUAUCCUAUAAUGCAUUCAUUGGGAAUCUGCCCCAUGAAUAUUUGAGUAAUUUUAAAGCAAUGAUGGAUGCACGGGAGAAUCACCGAGGAGAACGAGAUCUGUCUCGAUUAUAUAUAGAUUCAUUGACAAUAACAAUGACAUUGACAGUGAAGGGUAUUGAUAGAGAAUAUAAGAGAAUUCUGAAAACCUUGACAACAAUUGACAUGUCAUCCAACAGAUUCUCAGGCAGUAUACCAAAUUCCAUAGGAGAUUUAAAUUCCUUGAUAUAUUUGAAUCUCUCUCACAAUUGCCUCGCAGGAGGUAUACCUGCAUCUCUUGGAAACGUGACAGAACUCGAGUCGUUGGACCUGUCUUCAAACCGGUUGGAGGGGAAGAUUCCAACAGAGCUAACAAAGCUCAGAUUUCUUUCGGGGAUAAACCUGUCGAUGAAUAAUCUUUCAGGGAUGAUACCACAAUCGGGUGGCCAGUUUCCCACAUUUGACUAUGCAUCAUAUGUUGGGAAUCCUGGACUAUGUGGAUUUCCGUUAACACUUGAAUGUGAAGAGCCUUCGCCUCCUCCGAUGGUGCAAGAAGAUGGUGGUGAUGAUUAUGGUAUUCUAGAGGGAUUCUGUUGGCAAGCUGUUGUUUCGGGGUAUGGAUGUGGAUUCGUAAUAGGUGGGAUUGUGGGUGGUCUGAUUCUUGGGUAUGGAAGGCCUAAAUGGUUGGUGGAAUGGAUCUACAGAUUUUACAGGAUAAAGAUGAGAAGCCGUAGAGGAAAUGUAGCAACGCAAAGAAGAAGAAUAAGAUAAGAAUUUUGAGUCUUUGAUGUUGAAUGUUGAAGGUAGAAUAAUGGGCAUUGUUGUUUUCUCACGUUUAUUUGCAUCUUAUGUUGAACUUUCUAAGUAAUGUUCUAGUAUCCAGCACAUGUAAUUGCACUGACGCCCCUUUGUAGCGGAGUCUAUUUCUAGUACAUAUACUCCAUCGUUUUUUUGUAGCAUAGUCGUAUUUAUUUUUUGGUUAUUCCAUUAUAUUUGAGUCAUUUUUUAGCAAAAAAAUGAUAUAUUUCGUUUCCGUUA